AUGAAUUUAAAUUUAAAUUUGGAAGAUUAUGAAUCAGCUCUCCAUGCAAUUGAAACAAAGAGUCUGAAAAUGGGAGUCUCUGAUCCAUUAGACCCUUAAAUGAGCCAAAUUUUCUAUUUAUAUGGGUUAAUUGAAUUUAAAAAGAUCGAGAAUACACUACCAUUUUAAGAUGUAACACAAGAAUUCAAAAAAAUUGACGAAUUUUUAACAGUGGCUGCUGAGAUAUGUGAAGACGAUGAUUUGUUGAUAAAAAUUUAUUCAUUAAUCGGUGAUUUAUAUUUCUUAGUUGAUUUAAAUGAUAUUGCAGAACUUAGUUAUUUAGAGGCAAUCAAGAUCAGUCGAGAUCCAAUAUAAUAAGUAUAGUUAUACAUAGAAAUCUUGCAAUUAAGAAUUGUGUUCACAAAAUAGGAGGGAACAGCUGAAUUGUUUUAAAAGGCUAAAUAGUUGGCAUUCGAUAAUAAUUCUCAUUUGUUAGAUGCUAUUUUCAAAUUAGAGGAAGAAUAUGUUGUCUCCAUUCAAGAUAGUUAAUACACUCCUAAAUAAGAAAAUACACAGGGAGAAAUAAAAUUAAGAACUAGUCAAAAGUAUAAGUAAACGAGAAACUUGGGUGUGUUUGGAAGUUAUAAGAGAAGCAAUGCUAAAGAGGAAUUAAUGAAUUGA